AUGCUUUCAAAGCCGAUUCCCGGAGAAAUGUUAUACCUUUAUUUAGCUGCGUCAGAUACAGUAGUAAGCUCAGCCCUGAUUAGGAAAGAUGAUGUCAUUGAGCUCCCUGUGUAUUACGUGGGCAAAGGUUACACUUUGGCAGAAAGUAGGUACCCGGACCUUGAAAAGUUGGCUCUGGCACUCAUUGUAACUGCCCGAAAGCUACGACACUACUUCCAAGCGCAUUCUAUCACCUUAUUCACCAACUGCCCUCUCCGGCACGUUCCCCAGAAACCAGAGGCGAGCGAGAGAUUGGCCAAAUGGGCGAUAGAGUUGGGUGAGUUCGACAUACACUACAUGCCAAGAGUAGCCAUCAAAAGGCAAGCGGCUGCAGAUUUCAUCUCGGAGCUAACCCCCAUGAAGGAACACGAGGAGUACCCUGAGAUUGAGAAUGAGGUAACGGUGGCCCCCCGGAGUGUUGAGCCGGGUUGGAAGUUGUACGUAGAUGGCUCUGUAACUAAAGAUAAGAGUGGAGCGGGAAUAAUACUGGUCAGCCCGGACGAGUUCAAAUACAAGUACGCCUUGGAGUUCAAAUUCUCCACAUCCAACAACGCGGCCGAGUACGAAGCAUUGAUCAGGGGACUGCAGCUGGCACAAGAGAUAGGGGUCAAGAGUGUGCAGGUAUUCAGCGACUCACAGCUAGUGGUGAACCAGGUCAGCGGCACCUUUGAGGCCAAGGAACCGCAUCUGAACUCCUAUCAGGUAUUGGCAAAGGCUUUCCUGAGCAGGUUUGAAUCUGCAACGGUCACUCAGAUCCCCAGGAAGGAAAAUAGUAACGCUCAUGCGUUAGCAAGACUUGCCACUGGCACCCGUCAAAAAGGGCGCAAGAAGGUCAAGGUCGAGAUCCUGGAUAGGCCCAGCAUCAGCAAAACGAUCUCGGAGAUAUUCGCCAUCACCGUUGGCCCCAGGGAGCCCACGUGGAUGGACCCUAUCAUCGAGUUCCUUAAAGAGGGGGUUCGCCCAGAGAAUAUGUCACAUCCCAACCCGUAA